ACUGUCAUGUGACGUCAAGACUUCCUGGCGGCAGUUUUGGACGGAUUUGAAGCAGUCUAUGGUUUGAAGUAGCGCUGCUCGGAGUCGUACAAUAAAAAAGGAAUAUUAGUGAACAAAAAGCCGCAACAGAAAGAACCAGAAGCGACGACAUACAAUGAUGAGUCGCAUUCAUCAUGAUGAACCCUCUUCAGAUGUUGAUCCAGCUGAGAUGAACAACAGUCUGCCUGAUACAGCAUCAGCUUCUGAUGGAGUGACACCCACACGUUUAUUAAAAUGAAAGAAAUAAUGGAAAAUCAGUGCUUUGAAAUGAAUGUUAAAGUCAGCAUGGGAAAACAUAAAGAGUCAUGUGAAGCUGAUGCAGACCUGUCCAAGUAUGAAAGUGAAAUAGAGCAGGCAAGACUCUCAUAUUUCAACAAAACACUGGUAUUGAACAGAAUGCAGAUUUGGAAUGUCAUCAUUGAAAAGAUGAUUCAGAAUGAUGCAGAUGCUGAGGCACUAAAAGAACUGACCAAUCAGAACACUGAGAUCUGUGAAAAGACUCUGAAAAUUUUAAAGGAAACACGAGAGCUUCAGGACCAGAUCACAGAUGUCCAAAAGGAAAGACUUGACCUAAAAGGACAAAUUAAGAAGAAAAUGCAGGAGAUAAAUGAGUUGAAACAGGUGAAGGAAAACCAAGGAGAAGUCCAACAGAGAGCCAAAGAAAGAGCUGAAGCGGUCCUACAGAAAUACCAGAAGGUCACCACCAUUUUACAAAAUGUGCUUCGGGGAAUCAUACUGGCCAGUAAAGUCAACUGGAGGGAUGAUCCUAAAUUAAGGGACAUUGCAAUGGGACUAGAAAACAUUCCCAACUAAAGACCUGUUUGAACACAGUUCUCCAAUGUAUGUAAUUUACCUGUAAAUGUGCUCACUGUUACCAUGUUCAGAGUAAUGCAUAUUGAAGCUUUUUAUAACAGCUCAUUUGAGAAUGUUUUAAAAGCAUUCUGAAUGUGAGAUAAAUGAUAUUAGAUUAAAUAAAUUCUGUUUACCAAUGAAUUUACUUUUUAAAAUAAAAGUUCUGACUGAUCCUUC